AUGUUCUGGCGGUUCGGCGGUUACGCCAACAUCUCGACCAUCGACACCAUCCUCGACAAGCCCGACUUCACCCUGGAAGAGCUGCUCGAAGAGGCCGAUCUGAUACAGGAACUCAAGCAGCACAACACCAAGCUCAUCGAGUUUCUGCGUGAGGACAAGGUUCUCGAGAAGCUCCUCGAAUACACCGUUGUCCCCAAGCUCGAGGCCGUCCAGGGCCUUGACGAGUCCACCGACGAUGAAACCAAGCCCAGAGGCCGCUUGCUGCCCUUCCAACGCCCUCGCGCAUCUUCACGCACCACAGACCCCGGCGAAAGCGAUGAGGAGCUGGAUAAGAAGCGCAACCGCUACGCCCAUGUCGCCUGCGAGGUCCUGAGCUCCGACACCUGGUCUAUUUACGAGGCCCUCGUUGAGAACCGACAGCUGAUUCGAACCUUUUGGGAUUUCCUCUCUCGACCCGCGCCAUUGGACCCGCUCCAGGCUAGUUACUUUACAAAGGUCAACGAAUCGCUGUUUGAGAAGAAGACGGAGGAGAUGAUGGAGCUGCUUUGGAGCUUGCCCAACGUGAUUCCCGAUAUGCUUCGCCACGUUGAGAGCCCCAUGAUUAUGGAUUUACUGCUCAAGAUUAUUGCCCUUGAUCGCACAGAAGGUGGUCAAGGUGUUGUUGAGUGUGUUUCUAACCCUUCCGUUCCAUGCGUCCAGUGGCUGUAUUCCAAGGACAUCAUCCCAACGCUCCUUUCUUUUCUCGGCCCCGAGCAUAGUUGGGUUGUUCAAACUGCUGCUAGUGAUUUUAUUAAGGCCAUGAUCACCAUCUCCGCCAACGCCUCGCAGAAUGAGCAGCAGUGCAUCGGUCCCAAUGAGCUCACUCGCCAGCUCGUUUCGAACCCCUGUGUCGAACAGCUCAUUGGCUAUAUGCUUGAAGGCGGAAACUCCCUGACUGUGGGCGUUGGUAUCAUUAUCGAAGUCAUUCGAAAGAAUAACUCUGAUUACGACCCAGACGUUGGUACUGAAGCCAACACCGUUCCCUCCAGUCGUGACCCCAUCUAUCUGGGCAACCUGCUGCGCCUUUUUGCUCAAAACGUGCCCAAGUUUAUGAAUUUGAUCAUGAACGGACAGUCCAAGAAGCAGGGCGUUGAUUCGACUUUCAACGAGAGGCUGGAGCCCCUCGGAUUCGACAGGUUCAAGACUUGUGAGCUCAUGGCAGAGCUGCUGCACUGCAGUAAUAUGGGUCUGCUCAACGAAAUGGGCUCGGAGCAGCUGAUCGCAGCGCGAGACUCGGAGCGCCAGCGACUCAGAGCCGAAGGCAAGCUCGUUACCCGAGAAGAUGAGUCGUCGGCUGACGACUUGACGAUGCGCAUUCCUCAUCCAGCCCACCAUGAGGAAGUCCGCCGCCUGGAAGUCACCAAUGCAGACGAUGAUGGAUUUGAGGAAGUCGAACCCACCAAUGAAAUGAACGAGGACACUUCCCACGAAUUUAUCAAGGCAGAGGACGAUAUCGCUCAAUCUGCAAACUUAUCCUCAUCUUCAUUCCUCGACAAAGACGAGGACGAGUUUGUGGAUGAGCCGCUAAGCUCUCCCCGGCUAACAGUAAACGCUGUAGAGAUUAACGAGCAGCGCUUCGAGGAACCCGAUCUGGUUGUUGCACCACUCUCGCCCACCAAAGCCAAGGCUCCCGAGCUGGCGCAAGCAAAGGCAGAAGAGACUUCGACAGCAACUAGCGAGGGACAAGACACGACUGAAACAGAAGAGCAACCUUUGACGACUUCAACGGUUCUUUCCGGGCCCAUCAUCAUAGAAACACCUGGACCAGCUAAGCCUGUACUUUCUGAGCCUACCGAAACUGCCGACGUCGAAUCCUCAAAGCCCGGGCUACAGCCAUCACCAUUGCCCAGAGGAGAUGGUGUAGCCAACACCAGCGUUGACGAAUUGGUUCCUGACAAUAUCGAGAAAUCCCGCGGCCUAUCCCCUCACCCUGAAGAUACCCCGGCCCCUCUUUUCUCGGUCCCUCUCGCUCCCGAUUCUGGUGUGCAGCAACCGCCAUACAGCUCCGAGGCUGGUGCUGCUCCAGCUGAGGCACAGCCAGGAGAGCCUGAGACGAAUGCUGCUCCGCCGUUUGAUGGCCCUGCGGAAACGCUUGAGCCUGUAGUGGGUGAUUUCCUCAAGAUGCAAUUCGUUGAGCAUCGCGUGGUCCCGACGAUUUUGUCCUUCUUCUUUGCUUAUCCUUGGAACAACUUUUUGCACAACGUUGUGUAUGACAUUGUGCAGCAAGUAUUCAACGGUCCCAUGGAUCGCGGCUUCAAUCCAACCUUGGCCGUAUCGCUGUUUGAAGCUGCCGACAUCACUACCGCCAUCAUCAAGGGCCAACAGGCCAGCGACGAGUCCCAGGCCAAGACAAAGACCCGGAUGGGAUACAUGGGCCAUCUCACUCUCAUUGCGGAAGAGGUUGUCAAGUUCACUGAGCGCCACCCCCCUGAGCUUCUCUCGGAGAUGGUCCUUGACAAGGUUAUGAGCCAAGAUUGGAUCAACUACGUAGAGGGUGCUCUGGCAGAAACAAGAGAGCGGGAUAAUGCCAUUCUGGGCGGCGUCAGACCCGAAGUGGCUCUAGGACACCGAGCCAGCCUUGGCGGUAAUGGACUGGGCGGCAUCGGCUUCUCAGGUCUUGGAAACACGGUCAGCGCAUCCAAUGCUCUGGCAGAGGCUGGUCUCAACGGCGGCAUGGAAAUGAAUGAAGGCGAUGGUAACGGGAUUGGCUCCUAUCCAAUCACCCAAGGUGCUCUGAUGUCUGGAUUUGGAAGUAGUAGCGACGAAGAAGACGACGAGGGCGAGGGCGAUGAAGAGGACGUGAAUUCCGAGGUAAGUUAUGAUUCUUCCGACGAGCACGGCAACGAGUCUCCUGAGGCGACAAUGGGCAUGACGCAUUCACCCGAGGAUGUUAUCAUGAUGUCUCCCGAACCCAUCAGAUCGAGUACACCGGAUGGAACACCGGGCUUGGAAGCUGAUAUUGACCUUGAUCAGCCCCAUCAAGACAUCAUGGUGGUCGAAGAAGGAGGGUGGAUGACAAGGAGAGCGCCUGCCGAAGGUGGCUCAAAUAGAAGACUAGAUUUCUCUUAG